CCGAAACAUCCUAUUAGACCCGUUUCGCCCCCUUUCUGACGCAUAAUAAAUAGAAAAUAGAAGUAAAGUAAAGUAAAUUAGUUAAUUUAAUUCGUUUAGCCUACUGAUUUUACUUUAUUAAUCGUCAAUAAUCGACUGCAAUAACUUGAAAUGUUUUCCAAAAGUUACAACCACAGCGAUAAACGAAACAAGCAAAUCAACACGUUGAAAGUAUUUAAUGAAAAUGUUUACGAAAAGGUUCCAGGAGAAGAGUAUCAGGUCGAACCUUUGGCUGGUGACUUCUCCCUCAUCAUAAAGCUGCCUCCAAAUUUCCCUGAGAGCAAACCCUGCAUCACAAUAGUCCCAACAAUUUCGCAUCCAUGGGUCGACGAAAAGACUGGAGAAGUUUCAAAAGCACCAGGAUUGCUAAGUUUCACAGAACAUUCGGAUCUUGGUCGAGUGGUGCAUGCCAUUGUGAGGGAACUGGCCAAGAGGCAACAGCAAACUGGAACUCCGGUUAAACACCCAAUGUCACCUCCAUCAGCGCCCAACACCUCUGUUCCUGAUCUCAACCUGGCCGUCAAUGAGCAGAGCAUGUUGCGGUCGGCACUUGCUGCCCUCAGUGUUGCCCAACUGCAGGCCCUCAAGGAAAGUGAGGACCAGUGUGAUGAAUUUCUUGAGCAGCUUCCUCCGAUUAAAAUUCUGGAGGACGAGAUUGACAGAAUCAUUUUGGAAAACGAGCAGCUUGCAAAGGAAACAUUAGAGCAAGAGGCCAGGUUAGCAGAGUUGAAGGACAUUAUACAAGAAAAAGUCGAGAAGGUGCAAAAGCUGAAUAAUCAGUACGAGGAUAUGAGCAUCAGUUAUCAGCAGCUUAGCAACAAAUUCAUGCCUUCAGCUAUCAAAGAAAGUCUUCAUGCAUCAUCUGUCGAAUGUGACCAACAAAGUGAUAAACUGGCUGAGCAGUUUUUGGAAGGAGAAAUGGACACUGAGUCUUUCCUGAAUGACUAUGUCAACUCAAGAACAAUAAGCCACACUAGAAGAGUUAAAGAAGAAAAACUUGGAAAGCAACUUCAUGAUUUGGAGAAGGCCAGUUAUUAAAUUGGAAUUGAAGACUGCAUCAGCUUUUAAAUUAUGAAUUAGAGUAUCAAGUGAUGAUAUGGAAUUAAUUAAAACUAAUAUUAUCAUGGUGUGUCAAGUAAUGUGAAGCUCUUUAUCAUUUUAAAUUUUUUUAUUAUGUUUCAAAUAAAUACAAUUUUUAAGAAUGUAUAGUAUUUUCAAAAGUCCAAGACAGUUUAAAAUUUAAUCUGAAAAUACAAAAAUAUGCUCCAAAACGCUUAUUUUAAAAUCCUAUUGUGAUUAUGUAUUGCUUAUUUAUUAAACA